AGCUUCAACAUCACCAGUUCAAGCUAGGUACACAAGAAUACAGAUAUACAGAUACCUAACAGGCUACAACAUUCAUAUUCUGUAGUUCCCGAACCUCCAAAGGGACACCUCACGAUCCUCGCCCCUACCGUCAAAUGGCCCCUUGAAAUGCGGCUGCCUACGCCGGCCUACGUCCACGAUGUCCGUUGAGAUCUGGCCUCCCAUCUCGCCGGACGAGCUUAAAAUCCAGGAAGACGCCACUCAGGUACGAUUCGCGAUCCCACGAUAACACCCGUGUAAGAACACGUCGUACACACGUAGCUACCUCCCCACCCAACCACCAUGCUCCUCGUCGAAGAUGGCACCUUCACAGUCGAAGACAACUUCGUCCUCGUCCCGCGGCCCAUCACCCUCACCCUCCCGCUCGCCCGGAUUCACCCCCCAUCGCCCAUACCUAACCCUACCUCCCCCCUCACACCCAAACUCAAGCUCAACUCAAGCUCACAACCACCCCCACAGGCCCGCGAACUAACCUGGCUCCUAACCUCCCUGCGCGCAACCCUCUCGCAACUAAAACAAGGAUUAGAAGACUGCUGCUCCCUCCUAUCGCCAAGCGACAACGACACAUCAUCAGGCAGCACCCUCGUCCUCACAACGCCGCGCAACGAGACGGUAAAAGGACACACGACGCGCGUCGGCACGCGCCUCGUGCGCGGGCUGAUCCACCUGAAGCUGCGCACCGUGCCGCCGCAGACGCUAGUCCUGGACCCGGCGCGGCCCGUCCGCGUCGCCGCGCUCGCGCGCCUGGACGCCCUGCUCGCGAGCAGCGUGGGCCUGUGCCUCGGGCUCGAGGAGCACGCGGAGCAGCCGUCGGCGCCGUACCUGGCGGCGCAGCUGCGUCUGCUGGCCCUGCAUGUCGCGGAGGCGGCGGCUCUGGUCAAGGGGCCCGCGCACCCGCACCCGCACCCGUCGCCUAGCCCGUCCCCACGAAGCCGGCCCCCGUCUAAUACCGGACGUCCGACCACACCCCGCCCCAGCUCCAGCGCGUCCAGCCCGCGCUUAUCCGCCGAACAGCAAAAACAACACCUCCAACAACAACAACAGCAACAACAACAACCACCCGACACAUCCUGGACCACAUCCUCGAUCUCGCUCUCCCACUUCACCCCGCCUUUAAGCCGUAACCUAUCCGUAUACCUGACAGUCCAAGACGCCUCGCUAGUCCUAUACCUGCGAGCCCUCGAGCCGGCCGACGCGCCCGUCAACUUCGGCACCAAGCUCGCGCUCGCCAUCGGCACGACGCGGCGCCUCGAGCACGACGAGGCCGACAGGGUGUUCACGUACCGGUGCGACGACUCGACCGCGCUCGACGAGGGCGGCGAGGCGCAGUCACAGUCGCAAUCCCAAGUAGAAGGGAGGAAGGGCGUCGAGGUCUACGUGCGCGAGAAGGUGUGCGUCGAGAGCGCGGAUCCGAGCUUGCUCUCGCUGUCCGCGAAGUUGACCGCGUUGGGGAACACGCUGGGCUUAGCGAGGAGGAAUUUAGCUGCUGUUAUGGGGGAGGAGGUAGAGGAUUGAUAUAAUAAAAAAAUUGGGGCCGAACUGGGACCAUUGCAUUACGGAAUGGAGUUCUGAGGUUUACGUGGAACUAUUACGAUGAAGCAAAGCGAUAUCUGAGAUCUGACACCUUGCUUAGGUAGGCAGGAAAGCACAUGAAUAUAACAGCGUUGCCAA